AUGAACAUUGUCAAAUCACUUAUAGUAAAUACGGCAAGACAAGAGUUAGUAACUGUUCCGACUGGGAGAUUUGAUUUGCUGAGGUCGAAGACAUCGCCAAAGUCUUCUUUGGAAUGCAUUUACAAUAGAGCUUGCGUGACGAUUGCUGAGGUAGGAUUUUGUACUCAUGAAUUAAUAGUAGUUAAAUUAGAGGAAUACCUUGAAGAUGACGAUAUAAAUGGUUCCGAUGAUUUUACGGAUGAUGCUAUUAGUGUCUUAUCGACACAAUCGAAGAUGAAAGAUGAACAAUGGACAUUCCGAAUCAAUGAAAAGUUAGGAUUCCAUAAGAAAUGGAAUACUCAGGGAGAAAUGGUACUCACGUGGAAUAAUACAUUAGGGGAUGAAGAAGAUGAAAUGGUACAAUUUGCAGUUAAUUCAGAUACUUUGUUAAAUGAGAUAGAAAACUUCAUUCAAAUAUUUUACAGAUGCGUUUAUCUUAGUAUAUGCAAAAAGGAUAAUGUUUCAAUUACAUAUGAUAAUAUAAAUGAUAUGGAAAAGUUAUCAAUAGAAAAUUAUAAAGAGAAACAAGAGGAAGUGGAAUUGGAAGAAUAUUGGCAGGAUGACAAUCGAAAUGGAGAUGCAAAUAAAAUAAAUGACCAUUAUGAGAAUGGCAUGGGACUGGAUGAUCACGAUGAUAUAUAUUUUGAUGCUAGUGAUUACCCAGAGAUAAUAAUAAAUGAAACUUAA